GUGAGAGCGACAACCGUUCCGGGACCGGAAGUUUGUGCAACCCCAAAGUGUGUCCGUGCUGCAAGAGUUGAAGCUGGAAACAUGUCUCGCCGGUGGGUGAUGAAAACCUGACAAACGUCGUUGACGCGCGGCGCUGACAUCUCCGACGUCGAAGGAAGGACACAAGUUACCAGGUGAGGACCACAUGAUGGCAUCGGUGGGAAUGUCGGACUUGUCCGACGAGAUCCUGCUCUGCAUCCUCCGCCACGUGCCCGUGUGCGACCUACUGACCAACGUGGCGCCCACCUGCCAAAGGCUGCAGACGCUGUGCAGGGACAAGACCCUGCUGGCGCACGUCAGCCUGUCCGAGGAGUAUACGAUGGACGACCAGGCGGUCCGCCGCACGUUGAGGCAGCUGUCCAAUCACGUGCAGUCGCUCAGCCUCAACGGCGUCUACUGGCUGAGCGGCAGCGUCAUGGACUCGGUGGCGCGCUGCAAGGCGGUGACACACCUGGACGUCAGCGGCUGCCGCCUCACCUCCCUGCGCCUCUCCCGCCUCCUCUCCUCCCUCGCGCUGCUGCGAUCGCUCGCCUUCGACGUGCAGCCGGGCUUCGACGCCAGCAAGCUGAGCUCCGAGGCGGUGGAUCGACUCAGCUGUCUGUCGGAGCUGCGGCAGACGCUGCUGACGCCGAGCUACGGCGUGGUGCCGUGCUGCGCGCAGCUACGCAAAUUCCGUAUCAAACUCGCAACGUCCCACGGGCCAAAUUGGAGACACCGUUUGAACACCGCUGUGUUUGUGUGCGCCAGGCUGAUGCUGCAGUUCGACAUCUCCGGCAUCACCAGGGAGGGUUUUGGCGUCAGCUGCCACCUUAUGGUGGGUCAGAGCAGCGUGCCGCAUUACAAGCAACUGGAGGAGUUCACUGCCAGACUGGCUCCUGGAGAGGUGAACCAGACGCUGCUCCUGCUCUACUUGGCCGUCUUCAGCGUGCACGUUCCGGAGCGUCUCCGGGUCUUCCUGGUGUCCAUCCCCGGGCCCAACCCGGCCCACUGGUCCGCCGCCGCCUCGCUGGCCCAGAGUCUGGGUCGUCACGGCGACCUGGAGGCCCUGCAGCUCCCCCGCUCCUGGCUGGACCCGCUCUCCCUGAAGCGGGCCCUGGAGGGCAACAGUCCCAAGCACCUUAGCUUCAGCCGCUGCCUGGCCCUGUGGCCGCAGGUGUUCCAGUCCCUGCUGGAGGGCGGCGUCCGAGACGCCUCGCGGCUGCUCAGCCUCAACCUCAGCGGGAUCAACAACGUCCCGUACUCGGAGUGCCGCGGCGCCGAGGACCAGCUGCUCCCCGGCACCAUGGGCCGGCUGGCGUCGAGCUGCUGCAACCUGCAACACCUGAACCUGAUGCACACGCACUACCACCACGAGCAUGCGCCCGCAGCGGUGCCUCAGACGCACCUGUGCGCCAGCUUGGCUCAGCUCAAGUGCCUGCGCUCGCUCACUCUGCCCGCCUGCGCCUUGUCGGACGGCCUCAAGGCGCACCAUGGCGCCGCACCGAACGCGUCUCCGUCUCUGCUGCUGCGGGGCUUGAAGAAGCUUCCGCGCGUGGGCGUCCAGAACUACAAAGUGGACUCCGAGCCGCUCCUCCUGGGCGACGGCACCUCGGGACUCGCCCAGCUCUCGGCCGGCUGCCUCUCCUUGGAGACCUUAGAGCUCAUCGGGCCCGGCUUCGUCUCGGCGCUACCUCGUCUGGAGCCGUGCAGCCGGGCCAGCGUGGAGCCCCGUGGCAUGUGCGCGUGGGCCCGGGGAGUCGGCGACCACCACCUGGCGGCGCUGGGAGGCUUACCCCGAUUGCGCCGGCUGACUCUGGCCGGGCUCCCUGGCGUCAUGGCGGGCACGGGCCUGGUGCGGCUCGCCUCGCAGUGCAGAAACCUGCAGGUGUUGUCGCUCGCCAACAUCGGCUCGCUUAAAAUAAUGAACUACACCGCCGCCCUGCUGGACGCACUGAGACAGUGCUCGCAGCUACGAGAACUCAGGUUAGAGCAGCCAUAUUUUGCUGCCAACUCGUCCUUCUUCGACGCUCUCUCUUGCUGCUCCCGCCUGCAACGCUUCUGCCUCAUCUCGCGCAACGGCUCCUUCGACUCGCCGGCCGCCGAGGCGUUCAUGGAGCGCUGCGGCCACGUGGUCACGUGCCACAUGUUCACGGGCGGCACUCUGGUGGCGUGUUGCAACCUGCGGAAAGCCCUCCACGACAGGUUUUCAUCGGAGCGCCCGGGUCUGUCCGUGGUCAUUUAUCCACUCCAGCACGAAGACCUGCCUUCCAUCAUCAGGCAAAUCCCGCUUACGCUGCUGGAUCGCACCACUUUGUUCCAGAGUCACGUGGCCCAGCCACCGCGUUUAUCACCAUGGUGACGUUCGUGUGAUCGGUGCUGCUGACAGUUGUUUACGGUUAAAACCACUAAUAUUUCUUUGACCUCCAUGUGAGGCGUUAUCAGUUCAUGAUGUUUGCUUCAACAACUGUUCCAUUUCAAUUUUGGCAUUGUGGUCAAAAUUUCACUUGUAACUCAUUCAUGCCAAGUGCCAAAAGAAAAAGGUAUUGUAUUAGAUUUU